AUGGGUCGUAUUGGGUUGUUCAAAAAAGAGCAGGACCCGUUUGCUUUGUUGCUUGAGGAGAGCGAGAAUGGCGGCAAAAGUCGGGAAAGGGCUGGCAGUAAUAGCAUGCUUAGACGGUCAACAACACGUUCCCGUCCUGAGAGAGUGAGAGAUGAUGAUGAUAAUGCGUCGCCUGAGGUAUCUGAGAACCAGUACCAUUCGCCAUUCCGUACGGAGGAAGAGGCACAGCGUGCGCGGGAAAUUCGUAAGCAGAAGUUUGCGCAUAUUAGUCCAGAGGCGGCGGGAAGCGUGGAUCCCUCGCGGUUGGGGUACAAUGUGAUUACCGACGAGAACGUUGCGAAACCGAGGGAUAUUCUGAUUCCUGCAGGGUUGAAGGAGACGGAGGCGCAACAGUUGGUGACGUUGACGGCGUUGGAGAUGAAGGAGCGUCAGUUGCAGUACUGGAAGGACUCGCAGAAAAUUAUUGAUUUGACUCAGCCCGAGGAUGGGGAAGUCGUCGUGGUCAAGGAUGUUGCUGAAGACGAUGGAGACGACGAUGCGGUUGAUGUGGAGAAGGAGCCCUCCAUCGAGCAAGUCGCCGAUGCGUUUGAGGAUACUGAAGCGAUUGUCCAGGACGAUGAGGAGGAACCCAUAGACUUGAAGCGUGAACCGAAACCGGAAGCCGCUCUGAGAGCUUUCGAAGAGGCAGAGGCUAUUGUUCAGGAUGACGAGGAAGAGGAGCCGGUAGACGAUGUGGAGGCAGAGCCUCCAGCUGCAGUGGCAGUCGAGGUGCUAGAAGAAGCAGAAGCAAUUGCUCUGGGCCAGACUCCGCCAGAAGUGCCUCUUGCAGAAGAAGAAGAGGCAGAACAUCCUAACGGGGUGGAAAAGGCAGAAACGGACGACGCCAAGGAGUAUGUAGAUCCAUCGCGCGAACCAAAACCAGAAGCUGCGCUGAGAGCCUUUGAAGAAGCAGAGGCUAUUGUCCAGGACGAUGAAGAAGAACCUAUAGACUUGAAGCGUGAACCCAAACCGGACGCUGCUCUGAGAGCUUUCGAAGAGGCAGAGGCUAUUGUUCAAGACGACAUCGAGGAACCUGUGGAUGAUGUGGAAGCAGAGCCUUCGCCAGAAGAGGCUGCAAGGGCUUUGGAAGAGGCCGAAGUGCUAGCUACCGGUGAUCCACAGUAUCUGCCUCCACCACCGGACAUCAAGAGUGCUCCCCAGGUACCAUUUGAGGUGAACGAUGGCACAGCAAAUGCUGAUGACAAGUCUCAGCAACGUGGAGGAGGAGGGCUGAAGGCUCUUGGGUUUUUGAACAUUUUCAAGCGUUCAAGUAAGAAUACUCCUGAAGCUGCUGCUAUCGCAGCAGCAGCAGCAGCUGGUGCCAUCGUGACGCGCGAAGGCGCUCCGGUAGCAACACCAGAAGACCCAGAACAUAUUGUCAAGACUACGAAUGGGUACUUAUCCAAGGUUGUUUACGACAAAUUGGAGUACGAUGAGCUGAUCCACCAAGCCAAGUUGAACAAGUUCUCUGAGGAGAAGACCGCAAAGUACAACGCCAAGGCCCAGGAGUACGAAGACAAGAUCCAGUCGAUCCAAAAGGAGAUUGCAGACUUGGAAGCACAAAUGGAGCAGUGCAAGUUGGAACACGAGGAAAAGAUGAAAUUGAAGCAAGUGGAAGCUUCUCAAACGCUACUUGACACUAAUGUGAAGCACAUCAAUGCAAAGACCGCCUUGUACAGGGAGACCGAACAGAUCAAGCUGCAGACCAUUGCGGACAAGGAGGACACUGCACUAUGUCAUGAACAAGUUCAAAAGGAAAUUGACGAUUUGUUGUUGAUGAAAGAAGAAGUCAACAAGGAGCACCACGAGCACGAGAACAAGGUUUCUGCUCUUAUCACGGAUUUGGAUACCAAGACUGCAGCAUUGAACGAAUCUUUGGCUAAGAAGGAAGAAACGAAUGCCCAGAUCCAAGCUUUGGAAGAAGAAAAGGCUAAAUUGGAACAGGAGAUCAAAGCAGUUCAAGAGGAACACCAGGGCAAUGUUGCCAACAUUGAGAGUAUCGACAACAAGGAGUACUUACCCAAGGUUAAUGAGAUCAACAAUGAGAUAUCUACAUUGCUUGGUUCGCUAGCCUUGAUCCAGCAAGAGAUUGCCAACCAAAAGGUGGAAUUCUCCACGGUUACCAAGAAGUUGGAGCAAGAGCGUAAGGAGCACGAGGAGCAACUCUUGAGAGAAAAGGAAGAACGUGAACGCUUAGAAAAGGACCGUCUGAACAAACAGCGCGCCGAGUACGAGGCCAAGGCAGAAGAAGCCCGUUUAAGACACGAGGAAGAAUUGGCUGAACUGAAGCGCUCGCACGAGGAAGCAAACAAAAAAGCCAUUUUAGAAAAAGAAGAAGCCCACAAGAAACUUCUAGAAGAACAGGCUAAACGCGACCAAGUGGAACGCGAACGCACCCGUCUACAAGGUGAAAAAGCCAUUGCAGAACAAGAAAAGGGUAAUCCGGCAGAUAAACUUCUGGAACGCGAACACGUUGAAAAGCAAAAACGUCAAGCAGAAGCUGCCGCUGCUGCUGAAGAAAAGCUGAAGAAUGCCCAAAAAAAUCCAGCCAUGCGUACCAAGGAUUCGUCCCUGUAUGACUACGAAACAGUGGAAGAAAUCAUCACCAUUCCCGAAUAA